AAUACUGUAAUUCUCAUGUUUUUCGUUCUCCUUGCAGGCGUGCGACUGGGCGAGGGCGCGGGCAGCAGCUCGAUAGCCGCCUCGAAUGCGCCCUGCCCCCCGGAAAUGUUUCGCUGCAACAAUGGCAAAUGCAUAACCUCGCACUGGGUCUGCAAUUACCAGAAGGACUGUGACGAUGGCGAGGAUGAGAUGCAGUCGUGCCCGCCGCCCGAGUGCGAGGCGCCUCAGCUGAACUGCGGCCAAUAUGUCUUCAAUAAGACGUACUGCAUCCCCCAGCACUACCGCUGCGACAUGAUCGAGGACUGCGAGGACAAGUCGGACGAGGCAGAGUGCCCCUAUCGCAAGUGCCUGCAUACGGACGUGUUUUGCAAUGCGCCUGUUGGGUCAACUCCGGCGGAGGGCAGCCGCUUGACCGGGCCGUGUGUGCCCAAGGAGAAGCGCUGCAACGGCUACUUGGACUGUCGAACCGGACGCGACGAGGAGGGCUGCAGCGGCGUCCCCUGUCGCCUGGAUCAGUUUCGGUGCGCCAACGGGCAGAAGUGUAUUGACGCGGCGCUGAAGUGCAACCAUCGCAACGACUGCGACGACAACUCGGACGAGCAGGGCUGCAACUUCCCCCCUUGCCACCAUGCGCAAUUCCGCUGCUCGAAUGCGCUGUGCAUCCCGUACAACUUCCACUGCGACGGCUACAACGACUGCGCCGACGAAAGCGACGAGGCCAACUGCACGGCCAUCGCCUGUCCCGACAACAAGUUCCUGUGCCCACGCGGCGGCCUCAACGGUGCACCCAAGUGUAUACUCAAAUCGCAGCUGUGCGACGGCAAGCGCGACUGCGAGGAUGGCAGCGAUGAGGAAACGGCAUGCUCCAUCGACUCCUGCCCAGCGCUGAGCUGCGAGUUCAAGUGCGGCCCCUCGCUGACCGGCGGCGUCUGCUACUGCCGACAGGGCCAGAGCCUGGCGCCAGACAACCGCACCUGCAUCGACUUGGACGAGUGCGCCGAGUGGGGCCACUGCGACCAGCUGUGCACGAACACGCCCGGCAGCUACACCUGCCAGUGCGCCCAGGGCUACAUGCUCAUCAAUUCGUCCAAGUGCAUUGCCCCGGAUGCGAACAAUCUGCAGCUGAUCUUCGCCCACGAUCGCGCCAUCAUGCGCAUGAACGCGCACGACAGCGAGCCCAAGGUGCUGGCCAAUGCCACCGCCGCCGCGGGCGUCGCCUUCCACUAUGCCCGCAACACGCUCUACUGGUCGGACAUCAAGACGCGCAAGGUGCAGUCGCUGCCGCUGGAUGCGCUGAACAGCGCUGUGGCGCCUCUGGACCAAACGCUGCCCGGCACCUGGGCGCCCGUGGCCCUGGCCGUAGACUGGGUGGGCGACAAGAUUUACGUGGCCGACCUGGUGGGCCAGAAGAUCGACGUCUUUGAGCUGAGCGGCCACUGGCAUGCCGUGGUGCUCGGCUCCAACCUCACCAGCCCCGCCGACCUGGCCCUGGACCCCACUGCUGGCCUCAUGUUUGUCGCCGACGGUGGCCAGGUACUGCGCGCCCACAUGGACGGCACGCACGCCCGCUCCAUCGUCUCGGAGGCCGCCUACAAGGCGAGCGGCGUCACCGUCGACAUCAUUGGCAAGCGCGUCUUCUGGUGCGACUCCCUGCUGGACUACAUCGAGUCGGUUGACUACGAGGGCGCCCAGCGCGUCAUGGUGCUGCGCGGCCAGAACGUGCCCAGCCCCUCGCGGCUGGCGCUAUUCGAGAACCGCAUCUACUGGACGGACGCCACCAAGAAGGGCAUCAUGUCCGUCGACAAGUUCGAGGGGCCCAGCUCCAUCCAGGUGACCUACAAGGCCAAGGACAUUCACGAACCGAAGGGCAUUAUUGCGGUGCACGCGCUCAGCCAGCCGCACGUCUCGAACCCCUGCGGCAACAACAACGGCGGCUGCAACCACAUGUGCAUCGUCACGGCCGUGAAGGGCGCUCCGACGGGACUGGGCUACCGCUGCGCCUGCCACACGGGCUAUCAGCUGCAGACGGAUUUGAAGAACUGCAAGCUCGUCCGCGAGUUCCUCAUGUACUCGCAGCAGCGCUUCAUCAAGGGCAAGGUCCUGGAGCCCGUCAUCGAGGGCUUCAGCGAUGCCAUCCUGCCGGUGGUCUCCCGACGCGCCCGCUUCGUUGGGCUCGACUUUGAUGCCCGCGACGAGUUCAUUUACUACUCAGACGUGCUGCAGGACGUCAUCUAUCGAGUGCACCGCAACGGCACGGGCCGGGAGAUCGUGCUGGCCUCGCAGAACGAGGGCGUCGAGGGCCUGGCAGUGGACUGGGCGUCCAAGAACCUCUACUACAUCGACUCGCGCAAGGGCACCCUCAAUGUGCUCUCCACGCGCAACGUUACCCACCGACGCACUCUGCUGAAGAACCUGAAGCGCCCGCGCGCCAUUGUCGUGCACCCGAAUCGCGGCUACAUAUUCUUCUCGGAGUGGGAUCGUCCCGCCAACAUCACGCGUGCGAAUACCGACGGCAGCGGUCUAUUGGUGUUCCGCAACGUGACCCUGGGCUGGCCCAACGGUCUGUCCAUUGACUUCAAGGAGGACCGUGUAUAUUGGUGCGACGCUCUGCUGGACCAUGUGCAGCACGCCAAUCUGGAUGGCACCGACAUCAAAACCGUCAACUCACGCCUGGUGCGCCAUCCCUUCUCCAUUGUGAUCCACAACGACUGGAUGUACAUCACGGACUGGCGCCUGGACGCGAUCAUUCGACUGCACAAGCUCACCGGCGAGCAGGAGGAGAUGAUGGUGCGCGAGCCCCAAACCAACCGACUCUACGGCGUCAAGGUGUACAGCCGCGAGGUGCAACAGAUCUCCGAGACCCAGCCCUGUCAUCUGAACAACGGCGGCUGCCAGAAGAUAUGCUUUGCCAUUCCCAUAUCACAGAACGAUUCUACGGCCGUGUCGGGUCGUCUGCAAUCGCGCUGCUCCUGCCCGUACGGCGAGCGCCUGGCUGACGAUCAAGUCAACUGCAUUCCCGAUCCCAGCGCCGAGCCUCCGGUCCAGCCCUGCCCCAAUCUGUGGGACUUUACCUGCAACAAUCAACGCUGCAUACCCAAGUCCUGGCUCUGCGACGGCGACGACGAUUGCUUGGAUAACAGCGACGAGGAGCAAAACUGCACAAAACCCACCUGUGGCUCGAAUGAGUUCCAGUGCAAGUCAGGGCGCUGCAUCCCGCUGAACUUCCGCUGCGACCAGGAGAACGACUGUGGCGACAAUUCGGAUGAGCUGGACUGCGGCAACGUGACCUGCGCCACAUCGCAGUUCGCCUGCGCCAACGGACGCUGCAUACCCAGCAUGUGGAAGUGCGACAGCGAGAACGAUUGCGGCGACAGCAGCGACGAGGGCGACUUUUGCGCGGAGAAGACCUGCGCCUACUUCCAGUUCACCUGCCCGCGAACAGGGCACUGCAUACCGCAGAGCUGGGUGUGUGACGGCGACGACGACUGCUUUGACAAGCAGGACGAAAAGGACUGCCCGCCGAUAAGCUGCCUGGCCAACCAGUUCAAGUGCGCGGACCUGCGCCAGUGCGUGGAGGAGUCGUACAAGUGCGACGGCAUACCCGACUGCAACGAUGGCAGCGACGAGCUAGGCUGCCCCUCGAUGGGGCCCAACCAGUGCAACGUGGAGAAGCAGUUCCGGUGCAAGUCGAGCGGUGCGUGCAUACCCAUUGCGUGGCACUGCGACGGCACCAACGACUGCCCGGACAACUCGGACGAGGAGGACUGCGGGCAGAUCACGUGCGCCCAGAACUUCUUCAAGUGCAACAACACCAACUGCGUGUUCAAGGCGUACAUCUGCGAUGGCAAGGACGACUGCGGCGACAACUCGGACGAGGGCACAGAGCACGCCUGCGUGCCGCCGCCCUUCAAGUGCCCCCACGGCCAGUGGCAGUGUCCGGGCGUGACGGAGCGCUGCGUGAACAUCACCUCCGUUUGCGAUGAUACGCCCGACUGUCCCAACGGGGCCGAUGAGGGCGAGGGCUGUGACCUGGCCGAAUGCGAGCAUCAGUCGGGCCAGUGCUCGACACUGUGCCAGAAGACGCCCAACGGAGCGCUCUGCGUCUGCCCGCCCGGCUCAGAGAUCGGACCAGACGGAUUCACCUGCGUGGACACCAACGAGUGCGACCCACCCGGACUCUGCUCUCAGCAGUGCACGAACACGAAGGGCUCGUACUUCUGCUCCUGUACCCAGGGCUAUACGCUAGGCCCCAACAAGCAUACCUGCAAGGCAGUGAAUCACACAGCUGCCUUCCUGAUCAUAUCCAACCGCCACUCCAUAUUGGUUGCCGACCUGAAGGAGCAGGGCCUGGAGCGCGUGCCCAUUAUCGUUGAGAAUGUAGUGGCCACCGCCUCGAACAUGCACACCGGCACCAUUUUCUGGAGCGACAUGAAGCUGAAGAAGAUAUCGCGACUUGAUCACGGCAUGGAGCCACAGGAGAUCAUCACCACCGGCUUGGACUUGGUUGAGGGCCUGGCCUACGACUGGAUUGCCCAGAAUCUCUACUGGCUGGACAGCAAGCUGAACACCAUCGAGGUUUCCGCAGAGAAUGGCUCCAACCGCUUGGUGCUCGUGCGAGAGAGCAUCACUCAGCCGCGUGGCAUGUGCAUUGACCCCAGUCCCGAUGCGCGUUUCAUUUUCUGGACCGACUGGGGCGAGAAUCCGCGUGUCGAACGCAUCGGCAUGGACGGCACCAUGCGCAAGACGAUUAUAAAUACGAAGAUCUACUGGCCCAACGGCCUGACCCUGGACAUUGCAACGAAGCGCGUCUACUUUGCCGACUCAAAGCUGGACUUCAUUGACUUCUGCUACUACAACGGCACGGGCCGGCAACAGGUGCUGGCCAGCAGCCACUACCUGCUGCAUCCCCACUCGCUCUCCCUGUUCGAGGACACGCUCUACUGGACGGACCGGCAGCUGAACCGUGUGCUGUCGGCCAAUAAGUUCCGCGGCAAGAACCAAACUGUCGUCUCGCACCUGAUCAGCCAGCCGCUCUCCAUUCACGUGCAUCACGCCUCGCUGCAGCCGAUGUACCCGAAUCCAUGUGCCCAAGCCCGAUGCCAGCAUCUGUGUCUGCUCAGUCCGAGCGCGCCGGAGGGCUACUCCUGCAAGUGCAAGCCGGGCUUCAGGCUGCACAGUGAGGGUCGCUGCAUCGAGGAGGAGAAUCCCUACCUAAUGGUUGUGAAGGGAACUCAGAUUGUCGAUCUGCCGCUGAAUGGAGGAGAUGCGCGUGCCGGCGCCUUGGCGCCCGUCAUUGGCAUCGAGAGCAGCACCGGGCUGGACUUUGACCGGAAGGGCGAAACCCUAUACUGGGUGCAGGGCCGAGAGGACGACGACGAGAACUGCACCAUCUACACGACACCGUACGGCGGCGGCAACAAGACGCUUUUCCUGGGCGUGGAAAAUGGCAUUGUGGGCGCGCCCUACACCAUCGCCUUCGACUGGCUGGGCCGCAACCUCUACAUUGGCAAUCGCGUCGCCAGCAACAUUGAGGCAGUUCGCGUGGACGGCAAGCAGAAAUACCGCACCGUGAUUCUGGCCAACAAUGGCAGCGAGAACUCCGUGUCGAAGCCAAAGCAACUGGUGCUGGAUCCAAGCGAGGGCAAGCUGUUCUGGAUAGACGAGGGCGUGCUCGAGAUCAAAAUCGCCCGAGUCGACAUGAACGGCCAGGACGCACGGGUGCUGCGCAAGGACCUCAAGCAUCCUGAGAGCAUCACCCUGGACACUGACAAGAAGAUGAUAUACUACAGCACCAGCUCAACGGCCUCGAUCUGCUCGAUGGACUACAAUGGCGACGAUCACCGGGUCAUACUCGACGAGAAGAACGCCAUUUCGCGCGUACGCAGCCUGGGCGUACUGGACCACCGUCUAUACUACCUGGAUCCAACCUAUGAAAAGAUUGUGCGCGUCGAUCUGCCGAACGGCAACAAUCCCAAGACGAUUGUGGACAACGAGCCCGAGCUGCGCAGCAUGAUGAUCUAUAAGAAGCGCUCAUUCAUGCAGCAUCCCUGCCAAACCGCGAACGGCGGCUGCAAACAGCUCUGCAUACCAGGUCCAGCCGCGACGAGGACCUGCGCCUGCGGCAUCGGCUAUCGCAAAGAGAACGAGAUCAACUGUGUGGCCUACAAGACAUUUGCUGUCGUCUCGCAGGUGGACAUGAUACGCGGCUACAGCCUGGAAGGAAGCUCCGAGGCCAUGGUGCCAAUCAGCGGACCCGGCCACUACAUCCGCCACGUGGACAUUCUGUUCCGCGACCAGUGGAUCUACUGGGCCGAGUUCCAUCGCGGCUACUGGAACGGCAUAUUCCGCUCACGGCCCAACGGCACCGACCUGCAGCACGUGAUCAAGGACGGCAUUGGCAGCAACGGCAUCCACGGCCUAACCAUUGACUGGGUGGCUGGCAAUAUGUACUUCGCGAACGUGUAUCCGCACGAGAACUACGUGGAGGUAUGCUGGCUGGACGGAACCAAUCGCAAGGUGCUCGUCAAAAAGACUAACGAUGCGCCGCGCGAGCUGGCCGUGAAUCCCAUCAAGCGCCUGCUGUACUGGAUCGAUCACGGACAGCAUCCGCGCAUUGGCAAGGCUCUGCUGGACGGCAGUGACUGGAUCCCACUGGUCACCUCGGGCAUUUCGCAGCCACGGGACUUGACCAUCGACAUGCAAACGCACGAUGUCUACUGGGUGGACUCCAAGCUGGAUACCAUUCAGAAGAUAUCCUACAAUGGCGUCAAUGCCAAGGUGAUACGCCGAGACCUACCCAAUCCGGUGGGCAUUGCCAUUUACCUGAACGAUGUAUACUGGGUGGAUGGCAAUCUCAAUUCGGUAUUUAAGGCCUCCAAGCUGUACGGCAACAACAGCGAGGUCACCCCAGUGCGCACCAACUUGGAGAAACUAUCCGACAUUGCGAUCUACGACAUCAACAACCAGCCGACCGACGACAACAACCCGUGCGCCAAGCUCGGCAACGGCGGCUGCGACCAGCUCUGCUUCAGCUUCCCCCAGGAGCCCUCGAAUCGCAACUACCGCUGCGACUGCGCCACAGGCAAACUGGCGGCUGACGGUCGCAAGUGUGAGACGGUGAAUGAGUAUUUGGUAUUCGCUACGCGCACCGAGAUCCGCGCCGUCAACUUGGAUCCGCACUCGACCGAGGUGCCGUUCACCCCAUUGACCAAUCUGACCAAUGUUGUGGGCCUGGACUUUGACUUUGCCCACAACCGCAUGCUGUACACCCAGAUCCGACCCUGGGCCAAGAUCGCCCACACCUCGGCGAACAAGCCGAGCCACAGUGACAUCAAUGUGGUGCUCAGCAAGGGCAUCAAUCCCGAGGGCAUCGCCUAUGACUGGACCCAGAGCAAGAUCUACUGGACUGAUAGCUCCAACAACUCCAUCUACGCCAUGAAUCUGGACGGUACCGAGCUAGUCAUGAUAGCGCGCGUUGAGCGCCCCCGUGCCAUUGUCUUGGAUCCAUGCAACGGAACGCUCUUCUUCACGGACUGGGGUCGCCACAGUACCUCCGGCAAGAUCUUCCGGACGACAAUGGCGGGCUCCUUGAAGCGUGCCAUUGUGGACAAGGAACUGUCCCAGCCGAGUGGCCUGGCCAUUGACUACGAUGACCGCAAGCUUUAUUGGACGGAUGCGGUGCGCGAGAAGAUCGAGCGAGCCGAUCUGGACGGACGCAACAGAGAGUUGCUGGUGGGAGCGACAAUUUAUCCAUUCUCCAUCACCGUUUUCCGAGACUACAUCUACUGGACGGAUCUACAGCUGCGUGGCGUCUAUCGCGCCGAGAAGCAUACGGGCGCCAAUAUGGUUGAGAUGGUCAAGCGGCUGGAGGAUUCGCCCCGUGACAUACGCAUAUUCAGCGCCGAUCGGCAGAAGUGCAACGUGAAUCCGUGCAAUAUCAACAACGGCGGCUGUGCGCAAAGCUGUCAUCCGGCCCCGAACGGCAAGGCCGAGUGCAAGUGCGAUGACAACUCCAAGGUGGUAAACGAGGGACGCAUGUGCGCACCCAGAAACAAUACGUGCGAGGCCAGCAAGUUCUACUGCAAGAACGGCAAGUGCAUUUCGCGCAUGUGGUCCUGUGAUGGGGACGAUGACUGCGGCGAUAAUUCCGACGAGGAUCCCAACUAUUGUGCGUAUCACUCGUGCUCGCCCAACGAAUUCCGCUGCAACAACGGCCGCUGCAUCUUCAAGUCCUGGAAGUGUGAUCACGAGAACGAUUGCAAGGACGGCUCAGACGAGAUUGGAUGCACCUAUCCACCCUGUGUGGAUGGCGAGUUCACCUGUGCCAACGGACGCUGCAUUCCGCAGGCGCAGGUCUGCAAUGGCGUCAACGACUGCAAGGACAACGCCACCUCCGAUGAGACGCACGAGCGCUGCCCCAUGAACACCACCUGCCCGCACAACCACCUCAAGUGCGAGAAGACGAACAUCUGCGUGGAGCCCUACUGGCUGUGCGACGGCGACAACGACUGCGGCGACAACUCGGACGAGGAUCCGCUGCAUUGCGGCCAGCGCACGUGUCCAUCGAACAGUUUCCGCUGCCCCAACCAUCGCUGCAUUCCAGCCACUUGGUACUGCGACGGUGACGACGAUUGCGGCGAUGGCGCUGACGAGCCACCAGACUACUGCAAGUCGGAGGGACGCACCUGCUUUGGCGAUCUGUUCACCUGCGACAAUGGCAACUGCAUACCGCGCAUCUACAUCUGUGAUGGGGACAACGAUUGCCUGGACAACAGUGACGAGGACAACAGGCACCAGUGCAACGAUCGCAAGUGUGACGAGGAAACGGAGUUCACGUGCGUGGAGAACAAGUCGUGGCAGCGGGCCCAAUGCAUACCCAAAAAGUGGAUUUGUGACGGCGAUCCAGACUGUGUGGAUGGAGCCGACGAGAACACAACGCUCCACAAUUGCGCCACUCAACAGCCCUGCGGAGAGGAUAUGUUCACCUGCGGCAACGGACGGUGCAUAAAUAAGGGCUGGACCUGCGACCACGACAACGACUGCGGCGAUGGCACCGACGAGGGCAAGUUCUGCAACUCCAAGUACAAGAGUUGCUCCUCCCUGGAGUUCACGUGCCAGAACUUCAAGUGCAUACGCAAUCAAUACAGAUGCGACGGCGAAGACGACUGCGGCGAUCACUCGGAUGAGGUCGGCUGCAAGAAGGAGAACGUGACCUGCGCCCAGGGGCAGUUCGCCUGCACCAACGGGCAGUGCAUUGACUACAGUCUGGUCUGCAACAAGGUGCCCGACUGCACUGACGAGUCCGACGAGCCAGCCCACUGCAAUGUGGAUGAGUGUGCGAAGGUGGAGAUCAAUCAGUGUGGCCACAAGUGCGUCGACACGCUCACUGGCUACUAUUGUGACUGCAACGAGGGCUACAAGUUGUUGGCCGACGGCAAGGCUUGUGUGGACGUGGAUGAGUGCCUGGAACUGCCAGGCGCCUGCUCGCAGCACUGCUCCAACACGCCGGGCAGCUUCUACUGCAAGUGCGACGAGAACUAUUAUGAGCGCCAAAACGACGAGCACACGUGCAAGCGCAAGGACAAUAUUCCGCCCUGGCUGAUCUUCACCAACAAGUACUACGUGCGCAAUAUGUCCGUGGACGGCCGUCAGUACAACCUCAUGCACCAGGAUCUGAUGAAUGUGGUGGCCCUCGACUUUGAUAUCAAGGAUGAGUACAUGUACUUCUGCGAUGUGACCGCCAAGACCAUAUUCCGUGCCAAGUACUCGGGCCGCAGCGAUGAGCAGCCGACGGAACGGGAAGCUGUCAUCAGACACGACUCACACGGUCUGGAGGGCAUUGCCAUUGAUUGGGUGGGACGCAAGCUCUACUGGCUGGACAGGCACUCCAAGAACCUGGACGUCUCCGAGCUGGACGGCACCAAGCGUAAGACGUUGCGCAGCGGCGUUGUCGAUCCCCGCGCCAUUGUCGUGCAUCCGGGCACUGGCUACCUGUACUUCACAUCCUGGCACCUGCAAGCCUACAUUGCCAAAAUGGGCAUGGACGGCUCGAACUUUACGCGCAUCCUGAACUGGAAUGACGGCAUCGCCUGGCCGAAUGCCCUGUCCAUUGACUACUUUACGAACCGCAUCUACUGGGCCGAUGCUCACUUGGACUACAUUGCGUACACCGAUCUGGAGGGCCGACACCGUCACAUAGUGCUCUCCGGCAGCAGUGUACCCCAUGUGUUUGCCCUCAGCCUGUUCGACGACUACAUCUACUGGAGCGACUGGAAUCUGAAGGCGAUCGUGCGCGCCAAUAAGUUCCAUGGCGCCAACUACACGGUGCUGCGCAAUACAACCCAUCGCCCAUACGACCUGCACAUCAAUCAUCCGCUGCGCCAGCUGCCCUACCACAAUCCGUGCGGCACCAACAACGGCGGUUGCUCGCACCUCUGCUUGAUAGCACCGCCACCGGAGUCCACCUACCUGAACAUCGAGGGCUACACCGAGGAGGGCGCACCCAGCUACAAGUGCGCCUGCCCCAAUCAGUUCUACUUGGCGCGCGACUCCAAGACCUGCAUUGCGAACUGCACGUCGGGCCAGCAUUUGUGCGGCGGCAGUGACGAGAAGUGCAUACCCUGGUUCUGGAAGUGCGACGGCGAGAAGGACUGCAAGGACGGCUCCGACGAGCCGUCCACCUGCGGACCGCGACACUGCCGAGCCGGCACCUUCCAGUGCAAGAACACCAACUGCACUCCCUCGGCGACGAUAUGCGACGGCAUCGACGACUGCGGCGACGGCAGCGACGAGCAAAACUGCGACCUGCCCUGCCCACUCUCGGACUUCAAGUGCAAGACCAGCGGACGGUGUAUACUGGACAGCUGGCGUUGCGACGGCGAUGCUGACUGCAAGGACGGUAGCGACGAGGAUCCUCUAGUGUGUCAUAAGCGCACGUGCGAUCCUGAGACGGAGUACUCCUGUAAGAACGGACGCUGCAUUCCGCAGCUGUGGAUGUGCGACUUUGACAAUGAUUGCGGUGACGAUUCCGACGAGCCGGCCUACAUGUGCCGUCAGCGCAACUGCACUACCGGCUGGCAGCGCUGUCCCGGCCAGUCGAACUACCGCUGCAUACCCAAGUGGCUGUUCUGCGAUGGCAAGGACGAUUGCCGCGACAACAGCGACGAGCUGCCAGAGAACUGUCCCAAGUGCUCCUCGGAGACGGACUUCAAGUGCGGCAACAACCGCUGCAUACCCAAGCAGUGGAUGUGCGACUUCGCAGACGACUGCGGCGAUGCGAGCGAUGAGAACGACGCCAUCUGCAAGGGCCGCUAUCGCGAGUGCUCCGAGUCGGAGUUCAGGUGCGGCAACGGCAAGUGCAUCUCCUCGCGCUGGCAGUGCGACCACGAGGAUGACUGCGGCGACAACUCGGACGAGAUGAGCUGCGAGGGCUAUCAGUGCAAGAACGGCACCUUCCAAUGCGCCUCCGGCCACUGCAUCGCCAGCUACUUCCGCUGCGACGGCGAUCGCGAUUGCCGGGACAUGUCCGACGAGAUCGACUGCCCGCCCCGGUUCCCGGGCGGACGCUUCUGCCCGGAGUCGCGCUUCCAGUGCAACAACAACCUGUGCGUCUCGCUGACCGACCUCUGUGACGGCACCGACGACUGCGGCGACGGCAGUGACGAGGAUCCCAAGGUCUGCAGCGACUUCAACUGCGACACGCUGCGGCGCUUCCAGUGCGCCAACCAUCGCUGCGUCGCCCGCUACCAGAUCUGCGACGGCAUCGACAACUGCGGCGACGGCAGCGACGAGAACAACAUGACCCUCUGCGCCAGCAAGCAGAAGCCCUGCGACCUGUACACCCAGUACCAGUGCGCCAACAAGCACUGCAUCGAGCGCGCCCAGGUCUGCGACUACUCCGACGACUGCGGCGACGCCAGCGACGAGCUGGGCUGCCACCACACGAGCAGCUGCUCCGAGCAGAACCGCGGCGGCUGCCAGCACCACUGCCACAACCUGACGGACGGCGGCUACAUCUGCACCUGCUACCCGGGCUACAUCAUUGCGCCGGACAACAAGAAGAAGUGCGCCGACGUGGACGAGUGUGCGACGCGCCAGCACACGUGCUCGCAUCAGUGCCACAACAUGAACGGCACCUACUCCUGCAGCUGCCGCGAGGGCUUCCACCUGUCGGACGGCGCUAGCGGCGUCUGCAAGGCGGAGAAGGAGGACGUGGUGCUGGUGUUCGCCAACGGGCCGGAGAUACGCGGUCUCGACCUGCAGAAGAAGGAGGAGUUCGACGUGAUUGCCUCGGAGAAGCGCAUCGAGGCGCUCGACUACGAUGCCCAGCAGCAGAUCGUGUUCUGGGCGGAUAGCUACGACAAGACCAUCAAGCGAUCCUACAUGGUGAACGCGCUGGACGGACAGGCGAAGAUCGGCUUUGCCCAGGAUCUCAACAUGAAGGGCGGCUCCAAGCCCACCGCCGUUGCGGUCGACUGGCUGGCCUCGAAUCUCUACUGGGCCGAGGUGGAUCGCACCGGAUCGAAGCCGCGCGGUCGCGUCAUGGUGGCCAAAACGGAUGGCCGCUAUCGCCGAUCGAUUGUGAAUGCCGGCUUGGAGGUGCCCACGUCGAUUGCAGUGAAUCCGCAGCUUGGUCGCAUCUACUGGGCCGAUGCGGGCUCCGCGCCCAAGAUCGAGGUCUCCUGGAUGGAUGGCUCCAAGCGACGGCCGCUAAUCACAGAGCAAAUCCGUCAUCCCGCUGGCCUCUCCAUCGACUACUCGCAGGACCACAUCAUCUACUGGGUGGACACCAAGCUCAACACGAUCGAGUCGAUGCGUGCCGACGGCUCGCGCCGCAAGUCCAUUGUGAAGGGCGACCAGUUGCGUCACCCCGUCGCCCUCGAUCUGUUCGAGUCGAACAUGUUCUGGGUGACGCGCGACACGGGUGAGCUGCUGCGCCAGGACAAAUUCGGGCGCGGCGUGCAGGUGGUGGUGCACCGCAACCUCGUCAAUCCGUCCGGCCUUAAGGUCUACCACGAGAAGCGCUACAACACCUCGCUGCGGAACCCGUGCUACGAGUCCAGUUGCUCGCAUCUCUGCCUCCUGGUGCCCGGCGGCCAUCGUUGCGCCUGCCCCGACACCUCUGGCGCGCUGCCCUCGCACCGCAGCACCGCCGAGGUCAUUUGCGAUGCGGCCGCCGAGCGUCCACGGCCCGCGCCCCGCAUCUGCCCCUGCCAGAACGGCGGCCUCUGCAAGGAGGACGACCGCGGCGAGCUCUACUGCGAGUGCCUGCCGGACUUCAAGGGCGACCACUGCGAGCGCAGCACCACCGGCGCCUUCGGCCAUGGCGGCGCCAACGUCACCGCCGUCGUGGUGCCCAUCAUGGUCAUACUCCUGGUCAUGAUGGCCGCCGUCGGCGCCUGGUAUGUCAUCCGCAAGCGUCCAUUCGGCAAGCUGGCGCGCAUGCCCGCCAUGACCUCGUCCCAGAGCGUCACCUUCCGGCAUGGCUCCAACGUGGAGUUCAGCGAGAGCGGCUUCCCGGGCGCCUCAGCGCCGGGUGCCAACGACAUGGCGCCCAUUGAGGGCUACAACCUGCAGACCGUGAAUGCCAACAAGGCGCGCGACUUUGCCAAUCCCAUGUACGAUGCCGUGCAGCUGGGCACCAGCUCCGAUCCGGGCAUGAGCAAUGGCUCAGGCAUCUACGAUGUGCCACAGGAACCGUCCAAGUCAAAGGCCAUGGGCCACUCCGGCUCUUUCACGGAGCCCGCCUCGGCCAUCAUAGCGCCGAGCAGCAUCACGCACAAGUCAUCGCCGCAGCUGCAGUUGCGCACGCGCGAGCUGGACCCAUCGGCGGACACCGGCAAGGAUACCCAGUAUCUGGUGGAGGAGGAUAAGUCAGAGUGCUGAUAUAAAGCUAAUCAGGUCGUGGUUGCGCUGCCGCUGCCGCUCAGCUGUCGGCGCCAGCAGCGGACGCAGCCGCGGCCCAACAGUUAUCCGCUGCACGCAUAGCACCGACCCAAUCAAUACCAAUACAAGCAACUGCAACAACAGCAAGAGCAACACGAACAUCGCCAGCAAAAGCAUCGGCCAGAUCAACUGAAGCCACGACAACAACAACAGCAACAACAACAACAACAGGAACAAAGGAAACAUCACAAAUCUUGGCAUGCCGCCCCCAGCGAGAGCAGCACAAAACUAACCACAAAAGUUUAAAACUAUCUAGACCUAUAUAUGACAAAUGUCCAUAUAUCUAAAGGACAUCGACAACAAUAACAACAUGAACAAC